ACUCGAAUGGCGGAACAGUUUUCAUCGAACACCCAACCACAAGUGAGGUAUUCAGAAUGAAGUUCCUAUUGAUCAUGGCCUGCCUAACUCUGUGUGUGGCCUCCAUAAAUGCCCAGAUUUGCCCAGGUCGUCCAGUCUUUCAGCUAUGCACUGGCGGCAGGGAUGAAGGCAAUCGCAAUGGCAGAUUUUGCGGCUUGACUGCCCAGAGUGGCAUGUGGUUCUAUAAUAGCCGGAGCAGAAGAUGCGAAAAGAUGAACUAUCGCGGCUGUGGCGGCAAUGGCAAUCGCUACUGCAAAGUGGAAGAUUGCAAUCGGUGCAGGCGAUAAACUCAUCCAUUUUGAAUUUAUUACACUAAAUUUGAACAUCAAACAAUCGAAUAAAAGCAGAAAAUAAAAAAGUUUAAAACCAGCAAUUUCAAGAUUCAGUGAAUACAAGACUAAAUUUAUGAUAAAAGUAGAAGUCUUACAAGCAACUCAGGAUUAAAUCGAUUUAAGAUAAGAUUUUUAUCUAUGGGUUAACCCAUUGUUUACGAUUUUAUGUAUUUAUUAAUAUCGAUUUAUUUAAUAAUCUUAAUUAGUGGAAUCGUUUUACAGCCGCCUUUUCCUUCAAAAUGCUAAAGAAAGCAAAAGGUCAUCAUAAUAGUUUUAUUUAUGGAACAAAUAUUAUUAGUCAUUAGUCGUGCUAAAAGACUAAAAGUAAAUAGAAUUUGAAAUAGUUUUAAGUGGAAGCCUUUAAAUGAAUCUUUGAAAGUAUCUCCUAGUUUGUUUUUUCAUAAUAAAUGUUUUGUAUAAUGUUGCUUGUCCCAAAUAUGUAAUUUCCAUUUGAAAUACUCUCUCGGGUCAAACGAUCUGAAAGCUAAGUAUGCGAAUAAAGGCGUUGCGGGGGCAAAA